AUGGCAAGCAAGAAGCCCUCUCAUUUGUCUCUCGAUAGCUUCGAGACCCCUGCUGCGCCAAAGGAAAUUCAGAUUUAUACGGAUUCUCGUGACCGUAUCCCAGUGUCUGUUGCUGCAAUGAAAACUCCUUUCGCUGCAAAGAUUGAAAAGGACAGUCCUGGCAAAUGGGCUUCCAAGCGUUCCACCAAUGAGCCCAGCUCCAGCUCACAUGACAGUCCCGUCACCAUCGUGUAUCAUCCUAAUGAUAGUGACAACGAGGAUACCAAGAAGUCUAUCACUCAAGAUGGAAUGACCAUGAUUUUCCGUGGCAAGAAGGUCUACAACAAAUUUGAGGAAGAAGAAGAUGAUGGUGAUGACGAGAUGGGCCUGUUUGCCGCUCGCCCCGACCUACUCGAUGACAGUGAUGAUCUGUUAUCUAGUGUUCAGCCCCUUUCUCGCAACUCCAUCAAGCCGCGGGUUCUCUUCCCGAGUCAGAAGCCACAGGACCAGGACCAAUCAGUUCAUGAGGAGGAGGCAGCCACGGAUGAUGAAGACGGCUAUGAGGCGGAUCCUCAGUCACCCCUUGCUGACUCCAAGUCACCUGUCUUCACUCCUCAGUCACCUGAGUUCCCUCGUGCUCCUGGUGCCACCCGCCUCCUGCGUUCUAACGCUCGGUUUGGUUCUCAGCUCGAUCUUACUCCUACUGUCAGCGCCUCUUCUGACGCAAAGCGGAAGCGCAUCAGCCCCUUUGAUCAGUGGUUGCGUAAGAAGCAGAGCCCCGAAGAUACAGCCGUUCCAACAACUCCCAAGAAGAGAGAGGCCGACCGUUCUGGCAGCCCUGUCGCUCCUCCCUCGGCCAAAAAGACCCGCAGCACUCGUGGUGCUGUUGUUCCGUUGGUUUAA